UGGGAGUAUCAAAUACGAUAUGCGUGCAGAAUGAAACACCAAAAGAAACACCAGAAAGCAUCGCCUUUAUCAUGUUACUGGGUCUUUCGUUUUCAACAUCCGAUUACCUUUUUUUAUACAACGGGAAAACCGGCAAAUACAGAGUUGGCAUAACACAAUUCUCCCCCCCACCUCCCCUUUUUGCAACACAAGGCAAUGGGGCGAGCAGCUAUCCACUGUUUACAAAUAUUAGCGGCAGUGAUACUUCUGCAAGCCCUCCUCUUCAUAUCUACAACCUCCUGUAUUGCAGAAUUAGAACAUCCUCCACUACCACUAUCGGCAUCUCCUUCUUUGUCCAGGCACAUUGUCCCCCGAGAUCCAACAACGAGUUUAGCAGAUCCCGUCGCAGCCACCGCAUCUCCCGCCAACCAAGACGACGGUGAUGACGACGAAGACGCACUUGAUGACAGUGACGAAGAAGCAACACCCACCACAACUACUACCGCUUCACCGCCAUCAACUUCUUCACCACCGCCGUUGGAAACCAAUGUCACUGGCACAAAUUACACAGUGAGGCUUAAUUGUGAUGAGAGCUACGGGGAAUUUUGCGAAAAGGUCCGUGGCGCAGCUGUAGACGCAGUUAGGGAGCUUAUCAAUGUUGUUAAAUUUGACAACGACAACAUAACUGUUCAGCUCAAUUAUACCAGUUUUUGCGAGAAAGAAUGUGCCAAUGAUACCUUGGGCUGGGGAGCCCCUGCUUCGCAGUUUAUCAUGCUGCCAGGCGACCCUAUCGACACAGAUUACUUAUACCCUCAAAUCCUCGCAAAACAAUUUGAACAACGAACGUCAGAAUGGGCCGAUCACGAUGUUUAUGUUGAAAUCAAUCAUGAUGCAUAUAUGAGUGCAGUAGACUACGAUGCCGCCGAGGAAGCUGGUUGGAACGGUACAGGUGUUCCUCCUCGCGGAAAAUAUUGGUUCAAGGACGAAGGGCCAAUCCUAGACUAUCAAAUCGAUAUGACUUACAUCGUUCUCCACGAAAUCCUUCAUGGAGUAGGUAUCAUUAGCUCGUGGGGUGCCUAUUUCAUUGAAAACUCUCCUCUUCACCAAUUAAUUCGCCAAUUAAUCGGCGACUUGUUUGAGGAGGAGGAACUACGUUUGGUGACACCGAGUCCGUCAUCAACCGUACUGUAUGGCGCGGGACCAGUCUUUAUUACCGGUUUUCAACGCAACAUGCUCUUUGACAAGUACCUCAACGUCGACUACACCAAUCUUAACGAAACCAAUCGCGUCAGUCUGAAAGACUUUGGUCUUGAUAUGCUCAAUUUUUGUGUUCAGGACAACGAUGCAUUCAUCGUCAACUUUGUGCGCAAAUUCUUGACAGAAGAAAAUAUAUCGAGACAGUCAGCGCAACUUUAUGGCGCCUUUGCCAUUGCUGGCACAGUGACGUUUGAUUUCCCCCUUUCGUCGAGUAACAAGAGCAUAUUCAACACCAAUUCAUAUUUGAACGAAACGUAUCGACGCAUGACGUUAUUGACAGGCGACAGUAUCAAUAAUGGGCCACCUGAACACUUUAGCGCUAGCAACAAUCGUCCGGACAUGAUGAUUUCGCACUUGUCCGGCGAGUAUGCAUCAACGCCUGAUUUCAUCAUGACUGAUUCGUUCAGAACAGGGGCCACACUGCCUCAAUUGAUUGACAGUGUUUACAAUGACACGCCGAUUGUCAGCUAUACCGAAGAGUUGGCCAACGGUACCAUUGUCACGCAUGUCUAUCGAUCGCCUAUUGGUCCUGGUAUAUUGCGUAUGCUCGGUUCCAUGGGCUACUCAACUGUCUUGAAGCGGACGAAUUAUAAUACUACUUUGGACGAUAGCAAGAGUUCGGAAAAUGAUAGCAAGGAUGAAAAGUCAUGCCGAUUAAAUCGCAGCUAUUCACGGAGACGUAAUAGCAACAGCAGUGCUGCUGUCUUGCUCGCACCAAGCAGGGGGAUCUUCAUGCUACCUGUAAUAUUAUCACUACUACUGCCACUACUAUACUACUAGCACAAACGAUCACCACCACUACUAGCUUUCGUUCACUUUUCCUCUGGUUUAGACUUUACUCUCUCGUCUCUCUUUGUUCUUCAUUUGUAGCAUAUUCUUAGUUUCACUCUUCUUUAUUUUCAUUCAUUCUAAAUUCAUUUCUUUGUUCAUAGUAGUUUUCACUUUGUUACCUUCUCACCCAUUCACCUUCUCUUAUACUGUGCAUUUUUUUUUUGCUCUUUAUCUUUUCCUCUCUCUCCUCCUUAUCUCAAUUCGUUUUUCGACUAAAUGUGCCCAUGUUGAUCCCCGUCAACAUGCAAUUAUAGUACAUAGCAGCAGAAAAGAAAAAGUAAAAAGAGAGUCAUCAUUAUUAGCAU